UCUCAGCAAGUUAUUUCAUUUGUUUUAUGCAUUCUAUCAUAGCUAUAAUGAUUUUAUCUCGUCUAGUUUAACGGUAUUGUUUCGUAUCUAUGGAUUCUAUAUUUUAUAACCACCCACGCAUAAACCUGUGACGUAGUACACAAUAGCACUCGGAAUUUUUUUACAACAAUCAGAAAGACGGAAGAUAAUUUUAUUGUCUGGCUAAGUUUAGUUUUCAACGACAUAUGUUCCGACUGAAUACAAACUCAAAGCCAUGAGUUCUAUUUCUGAUCAUGAUACGGCACCAGCAGAUUUGUCUGGUGACCAUGGCAACGAAAACAAGAUGGAGAUCUUGCCAAGGUGUUGUGGUGAAGGUUCUGACUGUGAGAAAUGUGUUGGAUGUGAAGUAAUGAACUGUGAUGCUGGUCCGUGCAAGAAACAAAGAGUCACAACUCAUCUACCACAGACCUCACAUUGCCGCAGUGAUCACCCCUUGGUGCUAAAUAACCCCAGUAAUAGCAACUCUAGUAACAUUAACUCUCAUUCUCUCGAUGGUUGGAAUAAAGAAAUGGACAAUUUAGAGGAGACCUGUCACCAUGGUGAUUCUCCUUCCAUGGUGAAUGAAACUUUAUUUCAUGGUUGUCUCACUUUGUGUGCAGAAAUUGACACUGAUAAUGACAAAACUCUUGGGAAAGGUAACCAUGGAGAUCUGUCCCAGAACUGUUCAUCUUUGUUUAUAGAAAAUAACACUGAUCCAUUUCACAGAGAAAAUAAUGAUGAUAACCUGUCAAAGAUUUCAGAAAAAGAUAUUGACUCAUUUCACAGAGAAAAUAAUGAUGAUAACCUGUCAAAGAUUUCAGAGAAAGAUAUUGACUCAUUUCACAUAGAAAAUAAUGAUGAUAACCUGUCAAAGAUUUCAAAGAUUUCAGCGAAAGAUAUUGACUCAUUUCACAGAGAAAAUAAUGAUGAUAACCUGUCAAAGAUUUCAGCGAAAGAUAUUGACUCAUUCCACAGAGAAAAUAAUGAUGAUAACCCGUCAAAGAUUUCAGCGAAAGAUAUUGACUCAUUCCACGGGGAAAAUAAUAAUGGAAACGUAUCUAACAUUGUAGACACCUACACUUUUGAUGGAAACCUACCAAAGAUUUCAGAGAAACACACAGACACAUUUUGUUUGAAAAGUGAUGCAUCCUCAACAUCAAGUUCAUGGACAUUGCUACGAGAAGAUAACACCAAUGGUGAAAAUAUUUGUUAUAUUUCUAAACUUGAUAAUCAUACAGUCUCCUGCUUGCCAACAGAUUUAAAUAACUCCAAUUUAACAGAGACAGUGUCAGCAAUAAGCUCUAAAACAGCAUGUCAUUCAGAACAAGAUACUAAUGAAUGCACGUCUCUUGAGAACAACUGUUUGGAUGAGGCAUCAGGAUGUGAGCCUUCAGUGAGUCUAAACAAACUGAAAACCAAAGACGAAACAUCAUCAUCUAGUGAUGACAUCUCACAGCAAGCCGUGAGUCCUUAUAAGAAUUACGACAGCGAUACAAGAGAUUUGUGUCAGUUUGGCGAACUUUUAGACAGAAAUAUGAAUUGUGAAACUAGCGGAAGUCAAUCUACAUGCAUCCAGUCGAAUGUAGUGAAUUGUACGAAAGUAGAUGUUUUAACGAUGCCUGCGAUAGAUCAGAAAUCUGAGUCCCCCAUGUCUUUCAUGGACGAAACCCAUCAGGAUUCUUCCACUAGUACUAACAAUUUCUACCUAUCAAACUUUUCGAAAAUUCCGUUUGGGAUUCUCAUUAAUAUUUUCCGUUAUUUAUCACUCUCUGAACUUCUGCACAAAGUGUGUUUGGUGUGUCACCAUUGGCACGAGGCCGCACAGGACCCGUCAUUAUGGCGCCGUGUGAGUCUGGUUGGACAGACCCGACUGACCGAUGAGGUCCUGGACAUGGUGACGUCUUACAGUGAUCGCGUCCUGUAUCUCGACAUCACAGAUUGUGGACAAGACAUUUUCACCGAUGCAGGUAUCAUAUCUGUACUGAGGAAGUGUUCUAAUCUAAGGACAUUUAAGAUGGCAAGGUAUUCAAAGUUUCUAGAUGAUACAUUUGCACAUAUUGGUACCUGCUGUCCUGCACUACGACACCUCAACCUUGACGUUUGUUACUUCUCUGUCACAGACAAAACUCUGAUUGGAAUUGGAAAGGGUUGUCCGCACCUGGAGUAUUUGUAUCUAAGUCAGUGCAAUCUGAUUUCUGAUGAAGGAAUGGUCAUGAUAGCUCGCGGCUGUCCCAAACUCAAACAACUCCGCGUGGAUCAGUGUGUCAAGAUCAAAGAUAAAAGCUUGCAGGAGUUGGCUAAUGGGUGUCCUGACAUUGAUUAUCUACAUCUGUUAUCGUGUAGUCUUACCGACAAUGGUAUUGAACAUCUAUCAAAGUUGCUGAAUUUACGUAUGCUGGAUAUCUCCAAGAUUCAGCAGCUGAGUUCCCGGUGUGUUGAGAUGAUGGUUCGUUCGUGUAAGAAACUCACGGUCCUCAGCGUGUCACUGAACCGAGCCGUCGACGAUGAGUGUAUCCGCGUCAUCGUUCAGGAGUGUACCAACCUAAAACGCUUCUCUUGUGUGGCGUGCAACAUCACUGAUAAAGCGUUAGAGUACAUGGGCACGUACAGCAAGACACUGGAGAAGGUGGAUGUCGCAUGGUGUGGAGACAUCACUGAUGAAGGAGUCCGCUUCAUAUCGGAGAAACUCGUCUCCCUCGAGUACCUGGGACUCCUCCAGUGCAGGCAGAUCACCAUGGAAACCAUCGAGGACCUGGUUGAGAAAUACCCACACAUUCAUUACUCCAACUUUGUGCUGGAGUCUCGCAAGUUGAUUGAACAGGCUCAGAAAGCAGGCUUUAAAAUCCCGCCUAUUAAAGACCUGCAACAUCAGUAAUAGCUUGUCAAUCCAGGAGAAUGUGGCUUUAAAAUCCCGCCUAUUAAAGACCUGCAACAUCAGUGAUGGCUUGUCAAUCCAGGAGAAUGUGGCUUUAAAAUUUAUCAGUGAUGGCUCGUUAAUCCAGGAGAAUGUGGCUUUAAAAUCCCGCCUAUUAAAGACCUGCAACAUCAGUGAUGGCUCGUCAAUCCAGGAGAAUGUGGCUUUAAAAUUCCGCCAAUUAAAGACCUGCAACAUCAGUGAUGGCUCGUCAAUCCAGGAGAAUGUGGCUUUAAAAUCCCGCCUAUUAAAGACCUGCAACAUCAGUGAUGGCUCGUCAAUCAAGGAGAAUGUGGCUUUAAAAUCCCGCCUAUUAAAGACCUGCAACAUCAGUGAUGGCUCGUCAAUCCAGGAGAAUGUGGCUUUAAAAUCCCGCCUAUUAAAGACCUGCAACAUCAGUGAUGGCUCGUCAAUCAAGGAGAAUGUGGCUUUAAAAUCCCGCCUGUUAAAGACCUACAACAUCAGCGAUGGCUCGUCAGUCCAGGAGAAUGUGGCUUCCAAGAAGCUGGUGCCAAACUUAGCUUACUUAAUAGGAAGGAGCAUGUGAUUAUCAGAGUUGUAACCUGCAAUUCCUUUGUAAAUUAGGCAGUGUGUUCCAGCCAUCUAAAGGUGACACCACACGAUAUGAGUGCCUUAUAAAAAAAAUAGCUGACUACAUAGCAGUCAUCCUGUCUGUGGGAUGGUGCAUAUAAAAGAUCCCUUGCUACUAAUGAAAACGUUUAACACGUUUCCUCACUAUAUGUCAAAAUAUCAAAUGUAGCCGAUUAAUAAUAAGUGCUUAGUGGUGUCAUUAAACAAAAACAUACUUUACAUAGCAAUCUGUGAAACCGUAAUGUCUGGUGACGAUGAAACCGUAAUGUUGUCUGGUGACCAUGAAACCGUAAUGUUGUCUGGUGACGAUGAAACCGUAAUGUUGUCUGGUGACGACGAAACCGUAAUGUUAUCUGGUGACGAAACCGUAAUGUUGUCUGGUGACGAUAGGCCAUUUUUGUGGCUAUUCUUGUACAAGGAACUCGUAUUGUGUGGCACCGCUAAAACAUUAGGUUUUACAUGGCUAUAGUUUACAAUGUACUGGGUGCCACAUGGCUAUAGUUUACAAUGUACUGGGUGCCACAUGGCUAUAGCUUACAAUGUAGUGUGUGCCACAUAGCUAUAGUUUACAAUGUAUUGGGUGCCACAUAGCUAUAGUUUACAAUGUACUGGGUGCCACAUAGCUAUAGUUUACAAUGUAGUGUGUGCCACAUAGCUAUAGUUUACAAUGUACUGUGUGCCACAUAGCUAUAGCUUACAAUGUACUGGGUGCCACAUAGCUAUAGCUUACAAUGUAGUGGGUGCCACAUGGCUAUAGUUUACAAUGUACUGGGUGCCACAUAGCUAUAGUUUACAAUGUACUGGGUGCCACAUAGCUAUAGUUUACAAUGUAGUGUGUGCCACAUGGCUAUAGUUUACAAUGUACUGGGUGCCACAUGGCUACAGUUUACAAUGUACUGGGUAGCAGAUAGCUAUAGUUUACAAUGUACUGGGUGCCACAUAGCUAUAGUUUACAAUGUACUGGGUGCCACAUAGCUACAGUUUACAAUGUACUGGGUGCCACAUAGCUACAGUUUACAAUGUACUGGGUAGCAGAUAGCUAUAGUUUACAAUGUACUGGGUGCCACAUAGCUAUAGUUUACAAUGUACUGGGUACCAGAUGCAAUAGUUUUUAUCCAGCGUCAAAACAUUGUCAUUGGUAAAGCUUGUGACCUGUGGCAAUUCACAUUGCAGUCUUGACCAUUGCUGUUGGUGGCACUGUUAAGUUAAAAGUAUACUACAUGUAUUUAGACAGUAAAACUGAUUUUUGGUAAUUAGAGCUUGUUUACCAUUAUUAACUUUCAUGUUUAUUAUUUAAAACUUUCUUUCUUAAAGUUUCUGAUCAUCCUGUGUUUAUAUUAGCAGAUUUUAAAAAGGCAGUAAACUUCUGUGUUGCAUCAAGGUGGUUGAUCAUGUCCAUUGAUAGCAAGAACGAAAGUUAUAAAAUAUUUUUUAAAUGUUGCUGUAAUGUCUGGCAUACGUGUAGUUACAUGCAAGUCCUCACAUUCUGACUCGUUGAAGCCAUGUGUUUUUUUGUCUCAGAACUGAAGUACCAACAUUAUGACUUGUUGAAUUACAGUGGACAAAUGUAUAUGAAAAAAAUUACUGCCCAGAAAAUGUAUCAAAUGAAACGAGGCUUGGGAUGUCAUAAGCACUGUUAAAAUUGGUUUAGGAUUUGAAACGCACAUAACAGCUUUUAUAGAACUAGAAGUGAAACAAAUGUCUAAUAUUUUUUAAGUAUAAACUAAUCAGAAUAAUAAUCAGAGGACUCUGAAGAUUUUACGCCAUCCCAAUGAGAUGUUCGGGCCAGUCUACUUACGUAUGCCAUUUGUUUGAUGUCAGGUUAAGCAGGCAUCGAAAUAAGUCGAGAACGGUCGUUCAGGUUACGGUGUUUCGUUCUCGACAAACAUUUCAAUGUAACGGUAGUUUCGUUUCCGAACGUAAACCAGGCAAUGCAUUCCGGACUUCUGCGUUUCAUUUUCUUGUAAGGAAUUGCAUCUAUGUUCGCGCGCACUUGUGCAAUUCCAAGCAGUUUAUGCAAUAUAUUAUUUGCAAUACUAAUUUAGACAAUUAUUACUCCCCCCCCCCCCCCCCCCAGCCAAUAAUAUGUAAUGUAUGCUUAUAGAUUCCCCCACCCCAUCCACCAAUAAUGUAGGCAAACUUAUAGAUUUUUGCCAGUUUAAGUGACAUAUUAAUGUUUGUCACCAGUUUGAUUAUCCUGUGAUAAAAUUACACUACAAAUGAACUAUGAACCUGUGUGAUUUAAGCCUGUUCAUCAAGAUUGUAAAUAAAAUUGUUAUUUAUGAA